AUGACUAAAAAACCUACUUAUGAGGAUUCGGAGAACCGAAUUCCUCAGGCGGUGACCGUAACGAGUGGAUCCAACCCGAACACAACAACAGAAGUGCAUUCCGCGGAUGGAGACUCACACACCUUCGGCUCUGAACCUCACGUUGACCCCGAGCUCAAACUACCCAAACUCUCCAGUCUAUCUAUCAUAAUUUCAGCAAAUUUGUUCCUCCAGAUAUCGUUCUUCAUAAUUGUGUCUUCCUCCAAUGAUUACGCAAAAUAUCUAGGGGGUGACUCGACAUUUUCUGGUAUCGUUAUUGGUAUUCCUACAGCGUUCUCAGGUCUCGCCCUGCUGCCGCUCAUGCGUUACGACCAUGGCGGAUAUAAACUUCCCCUUCACAUCAGUUGUGCGGCCUCCAUCGUCGGCCACGUCCUUUAUGCAUCGGCGUAUGCCGCGAACUCGCUCUACAUGAUCCUCGUGGGUCGCAUCGUCAGCGGGCUCGCUUUCUCCAUGUGGAUGUACUGCAAACGAUACAUUGGGGACGCUCGCAUUGUCGGCGUCCGUCGGCGUACGACCCUUGCGGCUUGGCUCGUCUUUGGUCAAGGUUGCGGCAUGGCCGCUGGACCGUUUUUUGGUGGCCUCCUAUACAAGGUCGGCUUCAGCAACAGUAUUUUCAACGGUUACACAAGUCCAGGAUGGAUCAUGGCCGGGGUAUGGGCCAUAUUCUGGGUUUUGGCCACCAUCUACUACGAAGACCCUCCAUCAGCGGCGCCUGAAGUCCUGGAACUCCCGGUAGUCGAUGCACCUGUGGAUAUCACCUAUACAACCGAGACUAUCCCAGAAUCACUCCACUCUCGCUCCCGUCCGUUCCUAAACAAUUCAACCGCAGACAUGCCUCUCACUACGCUGACUGAAUCUCCUACGGCUUCUUCGCCCUCCUCCAUACGCACUGCAACAUCUGUUCCCAAGUAUCGGAUGUCGCUACCCGAGAUCGGCGUGGCCUUUACUAUCUGUUGGUGUUCAAUGACUUGCUUCUUUAUCCUCGGUGGCUGGGAAUCCAAUAUUCCUGUCUUCGCCUCCAGUCCCGAUGCCCCACAGUUCGGAUGGUCCCCCUUCGCAUCCGGCAACUUUAUCGCCCUCGGUGGCAUCGCCACCUUUCCCUUCCUCCUCGCCAAUCUCUUCGUAGCGCCCCGUCUUCAGGACCGCGUCAUCCUCGCAGGCGGAUCGGGUAUAGGAUUCGUCGGUCUACUUUUGUUCGUCGCGCUCUUAGCGGCCUCAGAGGACCACGCAGACCACGCGUCCUCCAUUCUCAACUACGGAAGUUACCUCGUCUGCUGGUGGGCGGUCGCCCUUGGCUUCAACAUCGCCAGCACUAUCACGAUGAGCUUGCUCAGCAAGCAGCUCCCACCAGAGUGGAACGGCCGCACAAGUCUCGCCAUCCAAUAUAGCAAUUACACGGGCAGGGUUACUGGUGCUAUCUGGGGUGGUAGUGGAGUAAAAGUUGGGAUGUUGAAUUAUGUGGGCUUGGACAUCGUGAUUGCAGGGAUCGCGGGGACGCUAUUCAUGGUCCUAUGGAGGGAUUUGAAGACGAAGAAGGGCUAAGAACAAGGAUCUACUCGCAUUGCGUUUGUUCUCCCUUCCGCAAUGAUCUUCGUCUCAAUCACGACCCUCCGUACUCAUGGAAGCAGU